AUGGAGAUCACCUCUUCGCGAUUGCAAAAACUCGAAGCUGAGGAGAUCGAAUGCUGGGACGACGAUGAAGAUCUCCAUUGUGGGGAAGAUAUCUACUUUCGAACAACUUCUUCUGCGGCAUCCGUGACGGGAUCAUCUGUUCGACCUUCCGGCCACCGCGAUUCUAUUUCGUCUCGCAGGUCUUGCAGAUCUGAUCGAGACUCUAACUACGGCGAUGAAGAGAGCUGGCAAUUGCUGCUCAAUGAAAACGAUGAGUUUGGGACUGAAGACGCGAUUUCUUCUGCGAAAAACGCGGGUAUCCCCAUUCCUGAUGGAAUACCCAAAUCGGCGCUCCUUGGAGGAACAAUCAAGAGACUUGGGGGCCGCAAGGGAAAACGGGUUCCGGGUGACGACUGGUCGGACGACUUAGACCUCGCCGGACUGACUGGAGGGCUGGAGCUGAGAUUCAAGCACGAAGCCACCUCCCCCGAAUCUCUGCUCCACCUGAGCUCCUUACCGACAAGCCCAUCAAAGUCCCGAGAUUUGGAUCUUUUCACGGAAAUUAUUAACAACCGCUCUCCGGCUCCAAGGGCUUUAUUUGGUGACCUAGAUAAGUUUCGAGAUACCGAGGAAGAUGCCUCUUUCGAUGAUGUUCCAACCAUCAAAAUGUCCAAACCACGCCUGCUGCCAUCAAAUCCAUUCACUACACCCCCGCCAAAGGAACGCACUGCUCUAGAUGACAGUUUUGAAAACGAUCUUGUACUCCCUUCGGAUGACGAACCUCUUCGUUUGUCUAAUCGUCGAGAUGACUCUAAAGCGUCUGACACUUUUGGUGACGAGUUUGACGCCGAAUGGGCCGAGGGAAGCAUUGGAGUUCGUUUCGGCGGAACAAAGAGAGAGACAUUUUCAGCCCGUAGUUCCACCGCGUCUGCAUUAAGCCCCAGUGUUUCUAGCUGUUUGACAGCGGAGAGUGAAGAUGGUCUCGAUGGUCUUGUCCUUCCCGACGGCCCCUUGGACUUUGAAAAAUCCCUCCAGAAAAGACAGGAGCUUCCGCCGCCCGAUGUGCCCGAAUUCCUCCCUGCGACAGAUACCCCAAAAGAGUUGAAUCGUGCCGGAGAUGAUUUUUUCUCUGGUAUUGAGAUUGGUGACGGGGAGGUAUUCGACACCGAAAAAUUAACACUGAACAGAAAUAUCAAACGAAAGGUUGAGCGACCAGCCAGCCCAGUUCGUCGCGGAGCAACCACUAUCACCUUUACAAGCAGAACCAGCAACACUCGAAUUCCGCGGCUCUCAAGCCAUGAGAGGCAACAUUCAACCGUUCUAGAACCUGUGUCCGAAAGUGGGGCGCCAGUGUCUCGGUAUACGCGUCCUACUUCACGACUUAGCGGCCAUGCCGCCCAUUCCUCUUUGUCGAAUGUCUCUGUCUCCAGUACUAGUUCCGUAUCCUCAAACCCCUCAACGCGCCGGCCAACAAGCAGUCGGGGCUCAAAGGAGACGCUUCGAAACGACCCUACGACCACAACUGCUCAGUUACUCAAAGCGAAGCGCUCCGUUCCAGCUCUACGGAAUUUCAAUACCACUAUAUCUCCAAGCCUUCAACGAUCCCCUGGGCGGCCGGAUAACACUCUCUCCACUCGAGCCACGCUGUCUCCGCGCCCAAAAACGCCCGUUGAUCGGCCAAUUAGUGACAUUCGGCCUGGCCCGCAACGACGCUCUCAUAUUCCUUUUAUUCCAGCCGGGGCUUCCCCUACCCAGUCGCACCAUGUUAGCCUAAAAACAAGCCGGCAGUUUCGCCGUGCGGAUUCAGACAGCUCUGGAGAUAUAUUUGUGCACCAGCGAUCAACGUCGAGGGUCUCAAACUCGUCAGCCUUGUCUGAUACCACUCGCCGUGGAAGCAAUGACCUCCCUCCUGGGUCAUUCAUUGCUGCGGCGAAGCAUACCGUCACCAAGCCGAACCGCAAGAGACACUUUGGGGAUGGCACGGAACUUGAUGUUUUCGAUGACCUUCCCACGUCGGCGACGACUGAAAGUAAAUUUGUGAAAGCGCCCAUCAAAAAGGGCCCGCCUCGGGCGCUUCGUAACCGACUUAGCCAGUCCGGGUUUACAAUUCCUUCCAAGCCCGACGUCACCAGUCCGUCGACGCCAGUAAGCACGCCCAUGAGCCCGCCGCGGCCAGACUACACGCCCCGGUUUGCUCGUGACACGAACGCGUCGAGAAAAGCCCGUGAGCAGACGAUUGCUAGCAUUGCGAAUAACCAGAAAGAGCGCGAGAACGGGCCGCUGGCGCCCAUCAACGUAAACUGGAAGUCACAACCGUUUGGCAGGCCGCUUCCCAGCCCUACUCUGACUAAAGGUAGACAUGGGCAUAGACACCGGGAUUCUAUCAGUAAACCGCACUUAAUUAAACCUUUAGGAAGUGGUGUACAUGAAGCCAAGUCUGUCAAAGGAAUGAAAUAUAACCCGGCGUUGUACAGAUGGGAGGGCAACGAAAACGCCACUGCGGCGUUUGAUAUGCCCCCUCCAAUGACGCCGUCCAAGACCUCCCUCGCCCUCAUCAGCAACAUCGGCGGCGUGAGCGGCGCUCAAGUCGUCGGGUCCAUGGUCUUCGAUCCGCAGCGAAUGUGCUGGCUGAAGUUGACUUCCCCCGCCUCCGGCAAGCCCGGCACCCCCACUGUGGCGCAUGACGAAGACGACGUGUUUGCGGGCCUGGAGGACCUCGACGAUCGACCGCCGAAGUCAAGCGCGGCGUCCCGCACGGUGUCCGCGGGGGCGGAUCCCGGAGACGACAAGAGCGGUGAUUCCUCGGAUGAAUGGCCCAUCACUGAGGAAUUCGACGUGGGGCCGGAGUUUAUCAGGAGACAGCGGGCCGAGGAGGAGAAGUGGAGGAGGAAGGUGAACAAGUGGGUUAGCGAAGACCGCAAGAAACUUGGAGAUGAGUGGAGAUGGGCGAUCCGGGACUUGGUCAAGACGGAGGUCUGUUUGGACACUCCAAUGUCGGACGUCUGUUGA